CCGGAGUUUAUAUUUUUCCUCCUCAGAUCUCCGAAGCCGCCAUCUGACUCGACCACGAAGCGGUGGUGCAGCGAGCGACCACUGUGGCUGUGAUCGUUGUUGCGGCUGUGAUCGUUGUUGCGGCUGUGAUCGUUGUUGCGGCUGUGAUCGUUGUUGCGGCUGUGAUCGUUGUUGCGGCUGUGAUAUUUGCUGCAUAUCUCUGCGAUUGACGCUGCGAUCGUUGUCGUCGUUGUGAUCGUUGUUGUGAUCGUUGUCGCGAUCGUUGUUGUGGUUGUGAUCGUUGUUGUGAUCGUCGCUGUGGUUUGUGAUUGCUGCUGUGAUCGUCGUUGUGUUUGUGAUCGUUGUUGUGACCGCUGUGGUUUGUGACUGCUGCUGUGAUCGUCGUUGUGUUUGUGAUCGUUGUUGUGACCGCUGUGGUUUGUGACUGCUGCUGUGAUCGUCGUUGUGUUUGUGAUCGUUGUUGUGGUUGUUCGAACAUCGCCCCCCCCCCACCUGCCCCCCACCUCAGCGUGCUCAAGGCCGCGGACCGCGAGCGCCGCUUGUCCAUCGAGGUGUGGGACUGGGACCUGACGUCACGCAACGACUUCAUGGGGGCCCUCUCCUUCGGCGUGUCCGAGCUCACCAAGUCCCCCGCCAACGGCUGGUACAAGCUGCUGAGCCAGGAGGAGGGCGAGUACUACAACGCGCCCAUCCCGGACGGCGGGCCCGAGGACAGCUUGCUCGUGCGCGACAGGAUGGAGAGGGCCCACCUGGGUGGCAGGGGCCCCAUGGGGGGGGUCAUCACCCCCCCCAUCGCCACCCCCGAGUCCGAUCGAUCUCCGUCGCCGUCCGUGGGAGGCCCCCACAAGCUACGGCUGCAGGAUUUCACCUUCCUCACGGUGCUCGGCAAAGGCAGUUUCGGCAAGGUGAUGCUGGCGGAGCGCAAGGGCACCGAGGAGCUGUACGCCAUCAAGAUCCUGAAGAAGGACAUCGUGAUCCAGGACGACGACGUGGAGUGCACGCUAGUGGAGAAGCGCGUGCUGGCGCUGUCCGACAAGCCGCCCUUCCUCACCCAGCUGCACUCCUGCUUCCAGACUGUGGACCGGCUGUACUUCGUGAUGGAGUACAUCACGGGGGGUGACCUCAUGUUUCAGAUCCAGCAGCUGAGCAAGUUCAAGGAGCCGCACGCAGUGUUCUAUGCAGGAGAGAUCGCGAUCGGCCUUUUCUACCUCCACAGCAAACGCAUCAUUUACAGGGACCUGAAGCUAGAUAACGUGAUGCUGGACGCCGAGGGCCACAUCAAGAUCGCCGACUUUGGGAUGUGCAAGGAGAACAUGGGGGACGGCGCCACCACACGGACCUUCUGCGGCACGCCCGACUACAUCGCGCCUGAGAUCAUCGCGUAUCAGCCUUACGGGAAGUCCGUGGACUGGUGGGCGUUCGGAGUUCUUCUGUACGAGAUGCUGGCUGGACAGCCGCCGUUUGACGGGGAGGACGAGGAGGAGCUGUUCCAGUCCAUCAUGGAGCACAGCGUCUCCUACCCCAAGGCCAUGUCCCGCGAGGCGGUGUCCAUCUGCAAAGGGUUCAUGACCAAGCACCCUGGCAAGCGGCUGGGCUGCGGGGCGGACGGCGAGCGGGACGUGCGCGAGCACGUCUUCUUCCGCCGCAUCGACUGGGAUCGCCUGCAGAGGCGCGAGGUGCAGCCUCCGUUCCGGCCCAAGGCGGCCGGGAGGAACGCGGAGAACUUCGACAAGUACUUCACCAAGACGGCGCCCAUGCUCACCCCGCCGGACGACACGGUCAUCUCCACGAUCGACCAGGCCGACUUCCAGGACUUCUCCUGUCUCAACUCCAACUUCGUCUACCAGCCCUGCGCCUGACCCCUCUAGGCCUUCUGCAUCGUCCGUCCGUCCUUCCACCCACCUACCCACCCCUUUCACCCAUUCAUUCACGUGUUCAUUCCCUCGUCCGUCGAUUCAUCCAUCAAAUUAUCCUUCAAGUAUGUCCAUUUAGUCAUUCUUCUAUCUAUCCAUCAGCGGAUUCAUUCAUUCCUCGCGUAAUAUCGUCUACACCAUCCAGUCAUUCAUUCAUGUAUUCAUUCACCCAUCCAUUGAUCUCCCCACCCCUAGACUAGCCAUCCAUCCAUCCAUUCUUCACUCGAGCAUGUUCCAAUCCACCCAUAACUGUAAAAAAAAUAUGUUUUUUUUACAUUUAUAUGGCGUUUCUCAAAUGCCUCGGCAACUCAAAGCGCCUUACGUCGCAUCUCAUCGAUUCGAAGGGCACCCCCAAUGGCAGCUGUCCCUGCGUGGCACAAGACGACGACUCAGCAGCGGCCUGCAAAAGACCCGCCCCUCCCCCCCCCUUCGAAUGCCCAAUCCUUGACACCUUUUUAGGCCAUGCACCCCACCCCCCACCCCUCUGCCUGGGAGCCCUGUGGAAGAUGCAUCCCAAAAUACGAGCAGCUCUUAGUCUUGCAGCUGCCCCAUUUUUUUUUUAAAUGAUUUGUCGGGCAGGGGACCUCUGCAGUCUAGCGACGUCACCGCACAGCACGCAAACAUUCCAUGGUGCAUCGCGACCCGGGGGGAAGGGAGGGAGGAGG